GCGUGUGUGGGCCAGCUGGUGACGGCCUGAACGAACUGCGGCAGGCAUUGACACGCCCUUGGGCGGAGGGCUCCCGGUUUGGUGAAGCGUGUGUGGAAAUGUAUGUGACUGCUGUGUGGCGGCGCGUGCUGCACUGGAGCACGCGGGCGCGCCUGCCGUCGCCCCUGCCGGGGCCGGCGUCGCCUCAAGAGGCGGCCGACCGGUUUGCGGCGGCGGUGGCCCUUCUCCCCGCUGGCUGGGCUGCCGCCGCGCGUGCCGCCCAGCUGGCUCGGGGGCUUGCCGCCGCGCUGCCGCUCCCGGCGGCCGACAUCGUGAGUGCUACGGCGGAGUCGGUACAACAGGUGGUGCGGGGGCUUGCCUGGUUGCAGUGCGGGGGGCCGCCCAUCCUGCUCACUGCCUACACGGUGAAGGCGGGGACCGUGCUACAAAUGGCUCCACAGUUCGCCGCCCUGAAGGCUAAGCAUUUGCAGUAUGUGUGCGAUGCGGAAUCAUCAUAAGGAAGCACUGUGGCGUGUGGCCGCCAACGCUUGCUGGGCGUUUCCACGGCAUGCUAGCGAGCGGGCGCGAGGCGUUGCUGUUGACCCGUGUUGGGCGUGUGGGGUUGACAUGCAGGAUGGGGACCGGCGUCACUGGUGUUGGGACUGCACUGUUGCGCUGUCCCUGCGGGAAAACAUGGGACUGGCUAUGGGUUUCCUGCCGGAGGAGGCUCUAAGUGCCUUCUCUCGUGAGGAGUUGUGGUUGGUGCGCCCGCCUGCGGGGCUUGCGCCACCUGUGUGGGAUGUGGUGUGUCUCGCUGCUAUGUCUGCCCUGGACUUUGGUCGGCAGCGUAUGGUUAUGGCCGGGUUGGCGGCGCGAGCGAAGCUGCCGUCGGCCCGGGUGCUGAGCAUUGGACUUGCCGUCGUAGCUGACUUCUGGGGUCGUCUCCAGACGUUUGUGACUCUGGGUAUCAGGCCAAAGGGUUGGGACACUGUGCCGUCUGCGCAUCCUUUCAUCUCUCGGGCUGUUGGUGACGGCAUGGUUUUGCGCUUGCCGUAUGACGCUGAUUACCCGCCUCCCUCGCCGUGAGCGGUUGUGCGUGGUUGGUGGCUUUGUGUGUGGGCAGGAUGCACGCGUGGGCGACCGUUCUAGUACCUGGACGCUUGCGCCCUGGUUAGUGCGUGCGCUGUGCGUGUGUCCUGCGGCCUAGACGUUUCCCGGCACUUCUGUGCCUAGGCUUGUGACGUUGAGGCACAGCGGUGGGGCUCUCGCGGGUUGAGGCUUGGCUAGGACUCACUGUGCGCGGAGUCACACGGACUUUGUCCGCGGGAGGGUUUGCAGCAAAGUCGGGGUUGAUGGAGUCAAGUUGGGCCCUGAUAGCAUGUGAUGGCUCGGCGUCUUUGGGUGCUGGGACUGUCCCCUCUGUAACAUCCGCAUUCA